GGCGGGCCGGGAGCGCCCGGUGCCGGCGGCGGCGCUGGGGGGCGCGGGGCUCCGUCCCCGCCUAAGCGCGGCCCCGCUGCGCGGAGGAUGAGCUGCGGCCAGCCCAAGGACAUGGAAGCCACCGCCGCUCACUUCAGCUUCUGCCGCAGCCUCCUGGAGCACACAGUCUCGGCCGAGAACCUCAGCUACCGCCUGCAGAGGAACCCGGGCAGCAGCCUCACCUGGCACGACGGCCGGAGCCAGCGGACCGACGGCGGCCGGACGGUCAAGCUCCUGCGGCAGCCGGGCACCGAGGGCUCGCAGGGCCGUGCCUGCGACCACUAUGGCAUCUACCACACCAGCCCCACGCUGGGCAGCCUGGCCAAGCCGGUGGUGCUCUGGACCCAGCAGGAUGUGUGCAAAUGGCUGAAGAAGCACUGCCCGCACAACUAUCUCAUCUACGUCGAGGCGUUCUCCCACCACGCCAUCACAGGUCGGGCGCUGCUGCGGCUGAAUGGGGAGAAGCUGCAGCGCAUGGGCAUCGCUCACGAGGCGCAGCGGCAGGAGGUCCUGCAGCAGGUCCUGCAGCUCCAGGUGCGCGAGGAGGUCCGAAACCUGCAGCUGCUCAGCCAAGCUUCUUUUGGAAAUGUCUCCUAGCUGAUCCGUCUGUUUGGCAGAUUGUACCAACACUGUGAACCGAGCACCUCUGGGAUGGGCUGUGCACCGCCGGUACGAGACCUGAACCGCACGCUGGGAAUACGAAGAGACAGCUUCCCAGCCACUCCGGGGCUUCUCUCCUUCUUCUUCUUUCUCUUUCUUUUUGAUGAACGCGUUUCUGUGCAGAGAUGGGAGGUUUCCUCCAGCAGACGUGGCUCUUGGCUGGAGGAAAAUUAGCAAAACAGCCGCUGGGACAGAUGAACUUUUGCCCGCCUGAGCCUGAGGGUUCAGAGGGAAAGAGAUGGGAAAAAGGAGAUGGCGACAGGCAGCGCCCGGCAUCACGGACAAACGGAGCGCCGUUAUUCCCGGGACAGCUCAGAGCCACACGCAGGACGGUGAAGCCUUAUGCACAUGGGCGACAUCCCAGCACUCGGCAGCUCAUGUCCGUACCUCGGGGCGUAUUUAGGGAGCUUUAGUUUUCUCUUCAGACUGGGCUGUAUUCCAGCAUCCUAGGACGUAACGUUAUCGGUAGCAAAUAAGAUGACCCGACCAGCCAAAAAAAAAAAAAAAACAAA